UGUAUUGGAAGAGUGUCUCCUGUUCUGUUGUCACCAAAGAAAGAUAAAACUACUCUCAUCAGAGAGUGCAGCAGAAGAAGAAGAUGGAGACUCUGAAAGCUGCAAUUCCAGAAAACCUGAAGCGAGCGAUAGGGGAUAGCGAUGUCGAUGACCUUCGCAGCACAUGCUCUUCUCUUCACCGCUUCUUUCUCCACUUCCACCCAUUUCACCAGAUGAUCACUGAACUCGCAGAUCCAAAGUAUGCUCUGUGCGCCAAGAACAAGGACGCUGCGUUGAAAUCCAGGCUGCUUGGUAAUCAGUGCUUCUCCAACGCAGAUUAUGCUAAGGCCUUGGACUGCUACACUCAGGCAUUGCGCGAGGCUCCAUUAGACACCGCCAGUGAUAUGGAGAGUAAUCUUGUUGUUGCAACAUUAUAUAUCAAUCGUGCUACUGUAUUGCAUAAAAUGAGUCUUAUAGUAGAAUGCUUACGAGAUUGCACUCGAGCUCUUCAAAUUUGUCCAAGCUAUGCUAAGGCAUGGUACAGGAGAGGUAAGGCAAAUGCUUCAUUGGGAAAUUAUAAAAAUGCAAUUUGUGAUCUAAAUGUGGCUAAGAGUGUGGAACCUUCAAUGGGUGGGAAGAGACAAAUAGAAGGUGAACUGAAAAUUCUUUUAGACCAAUGCAAAAGCACGACUGCAGUAGAACAAAUACAACAUACAGAGAACAACUGCAAUACUGUGGGUGAGAUGCCUCACAUAAAGCUACAGCGGGUCUCCACACCUGAUAAAGGAAGAGGCAUCGUGUCAUCAUGUGUCAUUUCACCAGGUUCUUUGGUUCAUGCUGAAGAACCUUAUGCUAUGAUAAUAUUAAAGCAAUGUCGGGAAACCCAUUGCCAUUAUUGCUUGAACGACCUACCUGCUGAUAGAGUUCCUUGUAUAUUGUGUUCAAUACCAUUGUAUUGCUCCCACCAAUGCCGGAUACGGGCAACUGGGCAAAUGUUCAAAAUUUACCCAGAGUAUAAUGGCUUUUUCAAAAACUUACCCAGUGAUCUUGGAGAAUAUGCUGCUGAAGUUAUUCAAUGCAAUGAUUCUGAACUGGAAAUUGGGGAUAUUACUGAACAUAAACAUGAAUGUCAAGGUGUACAUUGGCCUAUGGUACUUCCGUCUGAGAUAGUUUUGGCUGGUCGAAUCCUAGCUAGGUUUUUGCUAAAUAUCCCACCUGAAGAUAUUAUAAACUUUGUGGAAAGGCUGGAGCUUUCUCAUUGUUACAAACAAAUGUCAUCUGAAAGAAAGUUGGAUUCACAUAUAUAUGCCGUUGUAUUAUUAUAUUGUCUUCAACACUCUUGUGGAAUUAUGUUUUCCAUAGACGAAGUCUUCAUAUCACAGGUUGUUAUAAUUAUUUCUCAAAUUAAAGUAAAUUGUAUGACUGUCGUUCGUUUAAAAUCAAUAGACGCCCAUGGACUAUCAGGUCGCUUUGGAGAAUUUCCAUUUCAAUCUGGUGCUCAUUCAACUAGUAAUGUGGAACAGGUCAGAGUGGGUAAAGCUAUUUAUAAAGCUGGCAGUUUAUUCAACCAUUCUUGCCAGCCAAAUACUCAUGCAUAUUUUCUUUCACGCACUCUUUAUUUACGAACCACAAAUGUUGUAGCAGCCGAGAGUCAACUAGAAUUAUCUUAUGGUCCACAGGUUGGGUUGUGGGAUUGUAAAGAUCGCCUUAAUUUUCUCAAAGACGAGUAUGCAUUUCUUUGUCAGUGUACUGGUUGUUCAGAAGUUAAUCUAUCUGACAUUGUCCUCAAUGCCUUCCAUUGUGUCAAUACAAAUUGUUCUGGCACAGUGUUGGAAAGCAGAGUACAUGACAGUGAGAAGCAGAAAAUCAAGCACUUCCCUAUUUCUGACCAUGUUGACAAAAAUGCUGACAUUUAUGAAGUAUGUCUUCGUGUCUUCAAACAAAAUGGUGCCUCUAUUGAUAUUCAACCUGGAUACUGUUUGAAAUGUGGUUCUUACUGUGAUUUGGAGUCUUCACGUGCUGCAGUCAGUAAAGCUUUAACAUGCAUAAAAAGGUUGCAGGAUGCAAUAUUGUCACAACAAAUUUCAAGUAUUACUAUUUCUGAUGCUUUGAAAUCUCUUCGAUUGCUAAGAUUAAAUUUGCAUGCAUACAACAAGCUUAUUGCAGAGGCAGAAGACAGCAUUGCCCAGGCAUUUUGUUUAGUGGGAGAAUUACAAUUAUCUUUGGAUCAUUGUAAAGCAUCUAUCCAGAUUCUGGAAAAGCUAUAUGAUACUGAUGAUAUUGUUAUUGCAUAUGAACUUGUGAAGCUUUCUUCCAUCCAACUUUCCUUGGGUGAUGGUACUGCUGUGGAAAGUAUAAGUCGAAUAGAUGAUAUCUUCUCACGUUAUUAUGGACUUCAUGCAGACUUGGUCUUCCCUUAUCUUCAAUACCUUAGGAGAGAAAUUAAGAAAUUUUCAGUGAAGGCUCUCCAAUAAAAUGCUUUUUGCAACAAAGUGAGCUAUAAAAUGUGAGGUAUAUCACAGCUUAAAUGACAGGUCAUUUGAUAUGAAAGAUAUGCUAUAGUCAACGACCUCAAGAAAGAUUACUCUAAGCUCAUCCUAGCUGUUUGAUAGUCAGGACAUAUUGCCUCAUAAAUAAGAAUGGGGCUUUGAACUCAGGUCAGUCAGGUGAGAUCGAUGCAUAGUGUUGCACGUGGUUGCUGGCUUUUAGGUAUGCUCUGGGCAUUUGUGACUUAGCUGGGAUACCUCAGGCAAGUUCAAAGGUUUCAGCAAAGCUGGUGACUUGAGUACCCCAUAAUCUGCCCACUAAUAUGGUGUUCGGUUAGAGAAAAAUAGAGUGAAAGAAAGGGGGGGAGGCCAGGAGGGGGUUAAAUAUCUCCUUAGUUCUUACCCAAUUUCCAAAAUUGGGAGAAUUUGAAAGAGAUAAAUUUUUAUAUUAAUUGGACUAUAUUAUCUUAACAAUUUUAUUUGAUUAUUCAAAGUAUAUAAUGAUAAAUUUAUUUCUCUUUCC